AUGGACAUUGCAAGCGUGACCAAGGCGUUCCAAUCGGAACGCCUUAUCUAUCGCUCACCGGAAGAUAACGAUAAAGAUAAGGAAUUCUUCUUCAAGCAUAUCGAGAACGACCCCGUCGCAAAGGCCCUCGCAGACCCUUCUGUUCUUCGUCCCAGGAACAAAAAAGGCGUCGAAGACUUUUUAACAGAGUUUCAAAAGUCGACUCUCGCAGUAGUCCUCUGUCUCUCCCCCACCGAAGCCAAAACGCAAAAUAUUGAAAGCGAAGAACCAGUACCCAUCGGAUUCAUUUGCAUCGGCUGGGGCGGCAAACGCAAUAACAUGGAACAGCAUAGGGCUACACAUAUUGGCAUUGUGAUUGCGGAGCCUUUUAGGAACAAAGGUUAUGGCGGGGAGAGCAUCAAUUGGGCGCUGGACUGGGCGUUUAGACGGUGGUGGGAUAUGAUUGACUAUGGGAUGCUGGAGCAUGAGUGGGAGGCUUUGAGGGCCAAGGAGAAGCGCGAUACGACAAUGUCAAAUCUCAGAUGUGCUCUCUGUGGAAUUACCAUCCCCUGCGCCCACCCCAGCCAUGCAGACCAACAACAACGGGUAUGGUGGCGCGAGAUCUUCGCUGUCAAGCGUGAAGAAGACCAGUCGCACUUUUCGCUCACGCCUCUCGGAUAUUCUCAAGAUGGGUCUUUGCAACCGCACCCAGUUAUUCAGCCGAAUGAAGGAUACUUCAUCCACCAAGCAUGCUGGCCUAUAUACCGCGACAAGAUGUUCUUGGAAUCCGGGCGACGCUAUGAAAACGAGCAGAUCCUGCAGGUGCUGUUUGACUUCAUACAGAGUAUGCCUAGGAAUCGCGACGGUUGGAUAUCGUAUCUUUGCCCUGUUAAUGAACCAGCGGUAUACCUUGCAACGUUCCCAGGCGACUACUAUCCCCGUUGCGACUUUUUGAAAGCCGAUCCCAGCAUAUCCGUCACCCCUCCGGCUUCGUGUCCUUUAGUUGACGGAGGCACCUAUGGUGUUGAUGAUACGGAGACAUCGUUAGACUUGUUCUCCAAGCUUUCUACCGAGUUGAAUCACUGUAUAAUCAACUUGCUAGAUAACGUGUCUUUGUGCAAUCUCCGGCUUGCAUCAAAGGCAGUUGCAAACCUCAGCAAGCCUACCGAGUUACCUCAAACAUUCUGGGCAAGUCGCUUCAACUAUGAUCGCGAAAUGGACUUCUUUCCGACGGAUUACAAGAGAACAGAGACAUGGCGAGAUCUGUACUUCAACGUGAAGGAUGCUCUUAGAGACACUUCUAGUGCAGGACACAUGACGAACCGGCGUCGGAUCUGGUGGGGUCUUGGGAUGAUCACGCCCUAUCUGAUCGCCAUGCUUGACCAACGCCCACGUCUGGAUGACACAACUCGUUUGAGAGAGGAGCUAGUGUCAUUAGGAUAUGAAAUGACACAGAAAGUACAAGGGUUCGGGGGAGACCGGGGCGCAAAUCCUUCCGGGGAUAUUCAUGUCAGAGGCUCGCGAUACCUGAAGCUGCGACUCGGCGGCGCACGGAUCUCCGUUACCCGAGCGUAUAUCGAUGGGAGGGACUACAUAACCGGAUUUCGGGUCACGAGGCGAGACCAUACUGAGAGGUUUCGCAUUGGCUUAAUCAACACUUACGAAGAAACGAGAUUUGUCAUCAAGCCAUCUGACCAGGUCAUCGCUCUCAAGGUGGCGACUACCUUUGGUGGCAUAGUCGGACUCGCCUUUAGGAUCAAGGAUGAGCUCGGUGGUGUAGACUGGAAGAUCGUGGGUAAAGUCGACAAGCCUGACGAUUAUGUUGGCACCACGCUGCUAAAGCCGCAGAACGGGCCCUAUAUUAGUGGCUUGCUGCUUGGUCUCGAUGCUUGCAAAGUCGUUUCUAUCCAGCUGGUUGAGAAGCUACGCGACGCCACUGCUGUGGAUAAGCGAAGAAGCCUUGGACAACAACAUGUUUGGCAUCCUGCACCGCCUCAGCCUGACGUGGUGACCAAAUUUACUCCCACGGUCAAUGAAGAACCUGCUUUCAUCUUGAACAUGGACUUUGGCGGCCCAAGUGGCUCACUACUUCCACUCCUCACUCGAGCCGCCUUAUUUGUCGAUGAUAUAAAUCACACUGUCAAAGGCUUAGGCUUCUACUACACUGACGGAACAGAAAGGGAGUUCGGCUUCCGCGAAAUCGUAUCUGACUCCCGACAGCGAUUAACGGCUAUUGAACUCUCUGUUCCUAUCGAUGGAGCGGCGGGCGAGAGAAUCGUUGGCCUGUAUGCGAUGGGUCGUUGGUCCUUCAGGGUUCGUAUGAUUCCAUCGUAUGGGUCACUGCAAUCCUUCGGACUUGUACAUCUUGACCAUCCAGACUCAUCUCAGCCCCAGUGGCCGUCACCUGCGCGCAAACGCUAUAAAGGCCACCCAGGGCCUUCAAAUUCUGUCUGUCUCAACAACGUCAAGCGCGUAGGGAUCUCAUGUGGAAGAGAAGGACGCAGCCGACGUCCAGAACAGGUAUCAGGUUUCCACUUCGAAUUCUGGGACAACAGUCGGCCCGUUUAUGUUGGUCAGUGGUUUAAAGAGAUUGGCCAUCUCGACGUCUGCGAAGGUGAAAGAAUCACAAGCUUCACUUUCUGGAACGAAUUAGUGGGUUGUACGUAUCAUAAUGGCAGAUAUGCAAAGUACAGCGGAGUCCGGAUCCAAAAAUCUGGUCCUGAACCGAACGCUGUCGAGGUGCAUCCCGGGCCACACCGCGAUAUGCACGAAUCAAGUCAUACGGAGAAUCGCUUCGAGAGAUUGGAUAGUAUUGUUUGGCAGGUUUUCCACAUGCACGACACUACCAUUAUCGCGGGGAAACCUACACCGUUGGCCAAGAGAUGCCUUUCGACAGAGUCGCAUAUACGCGAGGAAUUGUGUACAAAGAGCGACAAGAUGUUCUGGGAGAUAGAAGAUGGAAAGGGAGGCUGGACGAGUGUGUCCCAGAUAGCCGCUUUCUUCAACCCCGACACCAAGGGACUGUGCGGUAUGGAGUUUACAUACAAAGAUAACCAGAUCAGACGCGGUGGCUAUACCGAGGGAACAAAAACGACCUACAAACUCAAACGAUACGAGAAGGUCACGGGUGCAUGGAUUACAUCUUCGACAACAAACGUCAGCGGUGACAUCCGUGAUGUUUCUUGUACUGGAAUCCCGAAUGCGAGAAGGGUGCCAGGUGGAGAGUCGGAGUGUGUUGGUGUGUACCUUGAGAUGUGGCCUGACUUGAAGGACAAGACAACUCCAGCAAGGCUUGCAAACACUCUCGAUGCCGGUUUCCUUGAUGGUGUGCCCAUGGAAUGGUUAGCAGAAGUAACAUCCUAA